AUGGCAUCAAAGUUUCUCCGAGAAUACAAGCUGGUAGUCGUCGGCGGCGGUGGAGUCGGAAAGUCGUGUUUGACUAUCCAGCUGAUCCAGAGCCACUUCGUAGACGAGUACGACCCGACCAUCGAGGACUCGUACCGCAAGCAGUGCGUCAUCGACGACGAGGUUGCGCUGCUCGAUGUGCUCGACACAGCCGGCCAGGAGGAGUACUCAGCCAUGCGCGAGCAGUACAUGCGCACAGGAGAGGGCUUCCUGCUCGUCUACUCGAUAACCGACAGGCAGAGCUUCGAGGAGAUCAUGACAUUCCAGCAACAGAUCCUGAGAGUAAAGGACAAGGACUACUUCCCCAUGAUCGUCGUUGGCAACAAGUGCGAUCUCGACGGCGAGAGGCAGGUCUCGACACAAGAGGGCCAGACUUUGGCGCGCAACUUUGGCUGCAAAUUCAUCGAGACAUCGGCCAAAUCCCGCAUCAACGUUGACAACGCCUUCUACGACAUCGUACGCGAGAUCCGCAGAUACAACAAGGAAAUGUCAUCCUACACAGGUGCCCCUGGCUCAAACGGAAAUGGCCCCACAAAGCAGACAUUUGACACCGAUGACCAGGCCGAGAAGAAGGGCUGCUGUGGAUGCACAGUCAUGUAA